ACGAGAUAUAAAGUAUAAACAAGAAACGAAUUAAAAAAAAAUCAGAAAAACAUAAGAGUUGGGUUUCACUUUCACAAAUCCUUAUUGAGUUCAGAUUUCAGAAUCCUUACUUGUUAAGGAAAGGGAUUUUCGCAAUUUUCCUCUCGUUUUUUCUUCGGAUCCAUUUCUGAUCGAAACAAAGAACCGCACCAUGUCGAUGCUCGAUUCGUUCUUCAAACAGGGUUUUAAGGCUGCUAAAUGUAAAACCCUGCUGAAGCUGACAAUUCCACGCAUAAAGCUUCUAAGGAACAGAAGAGAUAUCCAGUUAAAGAAUAUGCGGCGGGAGAUUGCCAAGCUACUUGAGACUGGUCAAGAAGCCACAGCUCGCAUCAGGGUGGAGCAUAUUAUCAGAGAGGAGAACAUGAUGGCUGCCCAGGAAAUCAUUGAACUGUUCUGUGAACUGAUUGCUGUGCGACUUCCAAUAAUCGAGGCACAAAGGCUGCCAAAUAUGGGAAGGAAUUUUUAUCUUCUGCUACUGAGCUCAGGCCGGACUGUGGUGUUAAUCGCCAGUUAAUAGAGCUGCUGUCGGUUCGUGCUCCGUCACCUGAAAAGAAACUGAACCUUCUAAAAGAAAUUGCUGUUGAGCAUGAGAUAGAAUGGGAUCCGGCUGCUUCAGAAACCGAGUUCUUUAAGAAACACGAGGACUUGCUGAAUGGCCCCACACAAUUUGUUGGGUCAAACGUGCCACCACCUGAAGAAAAACAGGAUGAAGAGUCAGACACUGCUCGUGAUACAUUCAAUAAAGAACAACCUGAUUCUGAUUCCGAUUCGGACAUAUUAGACUUCCCUGAUGUGCCUAAGGUAUCGGUCCAGCCAAAUGCAAAUGUUGCCACAGCUCCAGGAGUUGUUCCACCUCCUGAAGUUGAUCUUCGUUCAUCUAGCUACUCUGGAGAUAUCCCAGAUAUAAGGCAUGAGCAAGUUCAUGAGAUAUCAACUAUUCAGAGAGAUGAACCCCAGAAUACAUCUGGUAAAAUGGAAAGCAAGCAGUUUGUGCCAUUCAUCUCCCCUCCUUCACUACCGCCUGGAUCAUAUUCUACCAGACAUAGUGAUUCUCCUCCCCCCAUGUCGAACACAAAAACUGAAGCCAAUGUGGACUCCUUGUCAAGCUCAAAAUCUGAAGCCAAUGUGGACCUACAGGAUGUGUUGGCUGCUGCUCAUGCUGCCGCAGAAACUGCUGAACGUGCUGCAGCUGCAGCUCGCUCAGCAGCUAGUCUUGCUCAAGUCCGGAUUAGUGAGCUUACCAGGAAAAACAGUGAACAGUCACCUGAUAGCAGCUCUGUGAACCCAUUUUAUGCAGGUGGGGACAAUCAAUCUGUUACAGAAAGGGGACAUCUAGCUAAGCAUAAUUCUGGAGGUACCUCUGAUGGCAGUGGCGGAAAUACUCCUGAACUUAAUCAGGAUCACUUUGCUUCACCAGACUCUCAUUCUCGUUCACCAAGUUUUCCUUCAUUCGAUACACUCAAAGCAGAUUUUGAUACUUCUUUACCAAAAAAUGAUAUAGUGGGAGAGAAAUUCUCUGCUCACCAGCCUAAUAGAUUGCCUUCAUUAGAUGAUGAUCCAUAUUUUUCAUACCCCAACUUAUUUUCCCGGCAAAGCUCAAAUAUAGGAUCACAGAAUCAUCAUUCAGAUAAUAGCCGUUCCACUCAUGAUAUGUGACAGGGAAUGAGGGAAUUGUCAUUCAACCACUCAUUUGACUCUGGAAGUCUUGCUCCCGAGUGUUGUUUACAUUUUAUGCCAGAUGUAAAGUCUACAUUAUUUUUGUUUUAAUUUUGAAGAGUACGGAAGUCCCUACUUUGUUGUCUACACUGAACAAACCAUGGCUAGAUUUGCAUGAUGAUGGGAACACUGCAAGUAUAUAAUUGCCUUGGUUCAGAAGCCUUGAAUUCUCUGUUGCUGGAUACUCCCAAUGGAUAUAAAUUUGCUGUAGUGUUAAAAAUAAAAGCUUUCAGCAUCAAUGCAUCAUGUAGAUAUGAGAUUGCCCAAUGUUAGGUUACGCCUUACCGGAUACUGCUAGACAUGUCUUGCUUUCAAAACUUGGUUUGUAAUUACUGUAAUAUUGGUUCAGUUUUAUAGUGUGAAAUAUUUCACUCUA